AUGAACCAAACCGCCACCGUAUCGCAUCAAGUGAAAUGCCAGUCUACAAAGACCAUCAAGGACCUGGGUGGAGUGAGUCCUCCUCAGAGGAACUGGAAGGGCAUUGCCAUCGCUCUGCUGGUCAUCCUGGUGGUCUGCUCCCUCAUCACCAUGUCUGUCAUCCUCCUCACACCAGCUGAUAACCAAGCUGGAAGUGACACUAAACUGCUUGUGGAGGAUUUGUUCAAACCUGAGUUCAAAGUCCACGACCCGGAGGCCCAGUGGAUCAAUGACUCUGAAGUCAUCUACAGGAACAGCGACGGCCACGUCAUCAAGUUCAACAUCCUCACGAAUGAAACUGAGAUCGUCCUGACAAACACCACAUUCAUUAACUUCAACGUGGCGAAGUAUGCCGUCUCCCCUGACUUGAAAUAUGUGCUCUUUGCGUACGAUGUGAAACCGGUUUUCCGCCGCUCCUACAUGGCCUCCUACAGCAUUUACAACAUUCACACUCGGGAGGUUUGGGAGCUGGACCCUCCGGAGGUGGUGAACUCGGUUCUGCAGUACGCGGCCUGGGGGGUGCAGGGCCAACAGCUGAUCUACAUAUUUGAAAACAACAUCUACUACCAGUCGGAUGUCAAGAGUAACUCCCUCAGGCUAACAUCCUCAGGGAAGGAAGGGGUCAUCUUCAAUGGGAUUGCUGACUGGCUCUAUGAAGAGGAGAUCCUCCAGACCCAUGUGGCUCACUGGUGGUCUCCUGAUGGAGAAAGGUUGGCUUUCCUGGUUCUCAAUGACACUCUGGUGCCCAACAUGGCUUUACCUCGCUUCACUGGCGUGACAUACCCAAAAGGAAGGCAGUACCCCUACCCAAAGGCUGGUCAACCCAACCCAGCGGUGAAGCUCUAUGUAGUCAACCUUUACGGGCCGACGCACACGCUGGAGCUCAUGCCUCCAGAGACACUCAAGUUACGGGAACAUUAUGUGACAAUGGUGAAGUGGAUCAGCAAGACCAGGACGUCUGUCAGAUGGUUAAACCGGGCCCAGAACAUCUCCAUUCUGACUGUGUGUGACACCACCACCGGAGCCUGUGCCACGAGACAUGAAGAAAGCUCCGAGCUCUGGCUUUCCAAGCAGAACCAAGAGCCUGUGUUUUCCAAAGAUGGCAACAGAUUCUUCCUCACAGUGCCGGUCAAACAAGGAGGUCGUGGCGAGUUUCAUCACAUCGCCAUGUUCACUACGCAGUUCAGAGCGGAUCAAAAUGAAGUCCGGCAUCUAACAUCGGGAAAUUGGGAGGUGACCAGGAUCAUUUCCUACGACGAAGACACCGAUAACCUUUAUUUUCUCAGCACUGAGGGUUCACCACGGAGACGGCAGCUUUUCAGUGUUAAAACUGUGGGUCUGUUCCCUCGACGGUGUUUAACAUGUGAGCUAAAUAAAGCCCACUGUCUGUACUUCGACGCUGACAUCAGCCCCACGAACCAGCACGUUAUCCUGCACUGCAAAGGUCCCGGAGCGCCUACUGUGAUCCUACACAGUCUCAAUAAUUCAAAUUACUACAUCCUUGAGAACAACUCUUUGCUGAAGGCAGCCUUGAAGUACAAAAGGAUCCAGCUGACAGACUUCAGAACUGUUUCGAUGGAGCACUUUGAUCUACCUUUGAAGAUUUCAUACCCACCAGACUUCUCUGAUUCCCGUCACUACGGACUUCUGUUGGUCGUUGACAGCGCCCCUGGAGGUCAGGCUGUGAGUGACCGUUUCUCUCUCAGCUGGGACUCUGUCCUGGUCAGUGCUGACAGUGUCAUCGUGGCCCGCCUGGACGGCCGGGGCAGCGGCUUCCAGGGUCAGAGGAUCCUACACGAGGUCCACCAGAGACUGGGAACCGUUGAUGUUCAGGACCAGAUUGCAGCAGUGGAAUACAUGAUGAAGUUUCCGUACAUUGACCGGACACGGAUAGCAGUGUUUGGAAAGGGAUACGGAGCCUACAUAACAUUAAUGAUGCUCAAGUCUACUGACAGCCUGUUCAAAUGUGCGUGCGCCAUGUCACCAGUGACCGACUGGAAACUCUAUGCAUCAGCGUUCUCUGAGCGAUACCUCGGCAUGCCGUUACGGGAUGACAGCAGAUAUCAGUUUUCCAGCGUGCUGCAGAACGUUCAGGCUCUUAGGGAGCAGACGCUGAUGCUGGUGCACGGCACAGCAGAUGCCAAUAUCCACUUUCAGCACACCGCUGAGCUCGUCAAGAACCUGGUGAAAGUUGGAGCAAACUACUCGAUGCAGAUCUACCCAGAUGAGGGGCAUUUCCUGUCUCAGCAGAGCCACCAGCACCUCUAUGCCACACUGACCAGUUUCUACAGGGAGUGUCUGAAGGAGGAGUUGCUACCGCUGCCCGAUGAAGAGGAGGAAGAGGAGGAGUAGGCAAGGGGCUUUGGUGGUCAGACCUUUGGCAGAGCUUGAAGAAUUUUGCUAAAAUCCGUCAAGGCCUUUCGUGUUUGGACCAAGUGUUUAGCAGAAAUAGACACUGGGGUAGAGCUGCUGAUGCUCCCAAGGUGUGUGUGUGUGUGUGUGUGUGUGUGUGUGCGCGUGUGUGUGUGAGCACUCCAGUGUGUGUCUGUGUAUGUAUAAAUGUGAUGAAAAAGAUAGCUAAAGGACACGACGAGUGACACUCGCAUUGCCGGGACUUGAGGCGCGAACUGCCGUCUAGCAUAAAGUCAUUUAAAUUUUGGGACGCUCAGUUUCUCGGCAAAGCACACAGAAGAUCUUCUGCAGGCUCUCCGGGCUGCAGUCAUCCACACUUAACCAAGUGCAUGGUUCU